CCCGCAGUCGCGCGCCGUUCGCCGACCGCACCGCACGUGCCGCACCGGCCACCGCCAGUACUCGAACACGUGACGCGAACACACCGCGAUAGUUCUGUUCAGUGAUAUCAUUAUAACUCCUGUAAACAAGUGCUACCUACAGUGACCAGUGUGCCAUGCAGCGCGCUCGUGCGGCGGCCGCGUGAGUCGCGCGCCUCGCCGCCGCUACUUGAGGAUUGUAGCAGUUGGAGAACACUUCAGAAUCAUCAGCGACCAAAAAUACAUUUGCCAAAUGCGGCGGCGGGUGGCCCGGUGAGGCAUGGCGGCGCUGCUGGCGCUGCUGCUGCUGGGCGCGGCCCGCGGCGACGCCCCCUCCCCCGCGCCCCCCGCGGCGGCGCCCACGGAGGCGGAGGGCGAGGCGGCGUGGCGCGAGCUGUGGGCGGGCGCGCUGGACGCGCUGCACCGCGAGCCCUCGCUCAACUCCACGCGCGAGGACGUGCCCGUGCAGCUCGGCGGCGUCGCCUUCCUGCACUGCCCCGUGCGCGACCUCGGCGAGAGAGGGAUCUCGUGGGUGCGGCGGCGCGACUGGCACAUCAUCAGCUCGGGCCUGUUCAUGUACACCAACGACGAGCGCUUCCAGGUGCUGCACAGCGAGGGCUCGGACGACUGGAUCCUGCAGAUCAAGUACGUGCAGAAGAGAGACAACGGCACCUACGAGUGUCAGGUGUCGACGGGCAGCGGCGUGCUGUCGCGGCAGGUGGCGCUGCACAUCGUGGUGCCCGAGGCCUUCAUCCUGGGCGCGGACGAGCACCACGUGGACGCCGGCUCCGACAUCUCGCUUGUCUGCAUCAUUGAGAAGAGCCCGGUACCACCCCAGUACGUGUUCUGGUACCACAACGCGCGCAUGAUCAACUACGACGCGGCGCGUGGCGUGGCGGUGCGCACGGAGCGCGGCGGCAAGACGCAGAGCACGCUGGCCAUCCGCCGCGCCGCGCCGCGCCACUCGGGCAACUACACGUGCCGCGCCGCCGACACCGAGCCCGCCAGCAUACUGGUCUACGUCAGCGAGGGCAGUGACAAGAUGGCGGCGACGCUGUCCCGCAGCUCGGCGGCGCCGGGCCCGCGCCCCCCGCGCCCCGCCGCCCGCGCCGCCGCCCCGCUGCUGCCCGCGCUGCUGCUGGGCGCGCUGCUGCUGCUGGCGCUGGACCUGCUGCUGCCCACCGGCCUGGCCGCCUGGCUGCCGUUGCGAUGAACACAGUGACAUCACUCGGGCAGAUGUCGUGAAUGGCAGCCGUGGGGAGAAAACACAAUACUUCUUAAUUACUCAAGAGAAAACUUUGAUUAUUAACUUCAGAAAGUUAAAGCACUGUGCAACGUGUUUUGAGUAUAAAACUUUUAAUGAUUGGAUUAUAUUUAUGCAAAUAGGAAUAUGUGUUGGAAAAUUGUCUUCAAUCGCGAAGUGUUUUGAACAACUUGAACAGUAAAUGUAGUCAUGCGGAAUAUAUGAUAGGAAAGUUUUAAUUUAUGACCUUUCAUUUCGCCGGAGUCGUUACGGGAAAAUCUAAAUUGCUUUGUUUACGGCACAAGUUAAAAUUCAUUUUCCGGAUGUUAUUUUAUCUACCAAUGUGCAAGUUUUAUUAACGCAAAAACUGUUAGAUUUGUGAGUUUCUAGGACACUGCACAAACACGCCACCCGCAGACGUUGCGUUAUGAUAUGACGCUGCAGUCUGUAGCCGGAAUCAUUGUAAUUUACGUAUUGUAAUAGAAGACGCCAUUCUAGUCCCUGUGACACCGGAGCCGUUACAGGAGAAGUGGCCAUUCGCUAUCGAUACCUGAUCUGUGAAAUUGUAAAUAGUUUAUUAUUAAAUAAAGUAUAAUUGAAUGUUGGCGCCCGCCGCGGAGUCUGACCCCGCGGCGGGCGACUGUACUUAUGUAAAUAAAUACAACAUAGAUAUUGUUCGAACUGAUGAUUACCAUUUAAUGUCCAUUUUGAAAACGCUCAUUUAUUAAUAAGAUACUCAUUAAAUCACGAUGCCAUUGAAAUCGUCUAAAUAAAUGUCUUCGAGCUCCUCCAGCUGUAUCUAGUUCUGUUGUUGUAAGUGAGUCAUCAGGGAUUACAUUUUUAUACGGACCCUUGUGGCUGCGCGGGCGUGUGGUGACGUCACGGGCGUGUGGUGACGUCACGCGCCGCACGCCGCGCAGCUCGACGGACCUCGUCCGGACGCGACCAAGUCGGGAUGGCUGAUGAUGAUGAUACUACCGAGUGGUUAGCUCCCAGAGACACUUUUACUUCAGUGCACAUUUAUGUGGGGAGCAAGUUGUAAAGUUGCUGGUCUAACUUUAUAUGAGUGAUCGCGGCCAGAGGUGGGUCUACAUCCAAGUAGGUCUACGAAUGCUCUCAGUCAGGCAGCGGGUGGUUAACGCAGAAACUGUAGGUCGAGGUCUAGACGAGGUCCACAUCAUUGUAAAUAUCUGACGACUGUCCUCAUUCCUUCCAUCAAAUUGUUUAAAUAAAAUAAAAUUUCGAUCAAC